GGCCGGCAGGGAAAGGCCCUGCCCACCCCGACUCUUAGGUAGAGGAGGGGGUGCGAGAGGAGAAGGAGGAGGAAGUGACGCACAGGGACUGGGGGGGCUGUUGUUUCAGAUAAAUUGGGGGCUUUCUAGGAUUUAGUGGCGGGUAGAGCAAAAGUGGCUGAUAAUGGGGUGAUGUGUCUCUGGGAAAGAGGAAGCAGCUAGAAGAGGAACCUUAUUUUUGAAGAAAAAUUGUAUUAUUAUUAUUAUUUAGAAAAAUACUACUACUACUAUUAUUUAUUUAUUUAUACACGGCCUUUUCCCCUGACAGAGACUCAAAGCGGCUUAUAAAGAAAAUAAGAAAAACUAAAAAUGGGGGAGAAUCCUUAAAACACACACACAAUUAAACUUUGGUAGAUUUUAUACACAGUUUCUAUUACAAACAUGCAUAGAAUUCAAGUGUUGGGACGGCAAGAGUCAUCUUAGUCCAGCCACCUGCCACGCAGGAAUCUUUUGCCCAUUGUGGGGCUCGAGCCCGUGACCCCGAGAUUAGUAAGAGUCUCAUGCUGAAUUACAGUAAAAACCAGCACAGCGCCAGGUGCUGAAAGGGCGGUAGGAUGGGGGUGCGUCGACACGGAACCAACCCAAUAGAUCGGCACCUGAAUGUUCCACUCUGCCCUGUGUUUGGUUGUUCAUACGUAACCUUGCAGAAUAAGUACCUACUCGGGAGCGAGUCCUGCUGGUUGGACUGAGAUGGCUUAGUUGACAGAGCAUGACAAUCUCAGGGUUGUGGGUUCAAGCCCUACACUGGACAAAAGAUUCCUGCAUUGCAGGGGGUUGACCUCACGGUCCCUGACCACACUGCAAUUCUAUAAUUUUAAAUUCAGUGGGGCUUACUUCUGAAUAAACUUUGCAGCAGUAGAUUUGAGCAGCUACUAGCGUUCAUAUCUGGCCGAUCUUGAAAAAACUAUUCUGGAUAACAAUUUAGAAUGUGUUUUUACAAGCAAAUCCUCACAUUCAGAUGAUACUUUGGAUGAAGUGACAAGGAAAGAACUGUGCACAGACACUUUCUGCAAAGUUUGUGGAGCUGUACUGCAGUUUGAAUCGCAAAGGGCUGCACACUAUGAGGGCAAAAGGCAUGCUCAGAAAGUCCGGCUUUAUUUACAGAUGCAUAGUGAACAAAAGGAUGGGCAGGAGCCCAGCAAACAGAAGUUACAGUAUGUGAAUUUCCAGAUGGACCCAAAUGUGGACGAAAACACCUACUGCAGGCUUUGCAACAUGGUCUUCACGUCCCCAAUAGUUGCUCAAUCACACUACCUGGGAAAGAUUCACACCAAGAAGCUGAAGAGGUUGUCGGAAGAUCAGGCACAACAGCCUGCGCCGAACGCUCAGCCAGAACCUGGUCCCUCUGCGGCUCCAUCUCUGCCGGAGCCAUCUGCUGAAAACGCAUCACAGGACACUGAUGUGAAAGACCCGUCACCAUCCUGUAAAACCGCAUUGGAUCUAGACGAUCCAGAUAAAUUCUGCAAGCUUUGCUCGGCGCCCUUCAACAACCCGCUUAUGGCCCACCAACACUAUGUGGGCAAGAAGCACAAAAGGAACGAAGCGCGCAAGAAGCUGAUGACAGAGAUGGGAUCUGAGGCCGUUCCUGUGGAAUCCCAGGCCAAUGCAGUUGGAGUGGGCAAGUAUAUAUGCCCCAUUUGCACCAUCAGUCUCACAUCCAUAGAAAUGUACCAGUCGCACAUGCAAGGAAAUAAGCAUCAGAUAAAAGAAACCAUGAUUUCCAAUCUAAUAACGAACUCCAAGAAAACAUACAGCUCCUUCCAAGAUGAAUUGGAAGAUUAUAUUAAAGUGCAAAAAGCAAGGGGGCUGGAACCAAAGACCCACUUCAGAAAGCCAGAAGAGUUUCAAAUGGAAGAGUAUGGUGCCAUGAAUGGCCAUGAACGGGGCUUUGGAUUUGAUCAGGAUCAAUUUUCCAGCGACGCUAACACACCAGAGCAGUAUUCUGGUAUUUUCUCAGAAACAAGUCCACCUUUGUAUUCUGUUGGAAGCAGAUUGUCCCAUUGGCCGCCAGGGUACAGAGACCUGCCAAAACUAGAAAAUGCACCCAUUUCUCAGCACAGCACAGGUUCCCUAGAAAAGCAGGCAUCUCCAUUGGCCACCUACAAAAGUGACAAUUGCAACCCAUCACCAUCCGAAUCCAUUGAUGGCUACAAACAUGUACCUUCUGACAGUAGCUCUGCCUUUCAUAGGAGGAGCCAGAAGUCACCAAAGACACUCAGAAAGGAGAAAGAAUGUGUAGGAGAGGAAGACAGCGACCCUCGCCCACCCCUUGCGAAGUUCAAGAGAAAACAGCACUGUGAAGGAGACGCAAACUUUGGAAAGGGCGGAGAGAAGAGAAAGAGAAAGAAAGAUGACGCUGACUCAAGUGCCGAGUCGAAAUCGAAGCAUGGCAAAGACAGAGGAAAUACAGAGGGAUCUUCCGAGAAGGAGAGCAGGAAGCACAAGAAGGAGAAAAAGAAGGCGGAAGCCAGUGGACCAACAGAGGAGGAGAUGCUGUGGGAUGAAUCCAUCCUGGGAUUUUGAGCUUCUCAUAAUUAAUUAAUUUUUUGCGUUCAUUUGAACCGUUGUGCACUUUUAUGUUUCAAUUACUGGUUACUCUCCCCCCCCCUUUUACUUGCUUGUUCAGGAAUAAUGAAUGAUGGGCACAAGAUCUCUUAGCAAAGCACUAGGGAAGAAGUGGAACUGAAAUUUUGUUGUACUCUAAGAAACAUAAUUAGCAAUUUUCAGUACUUAUCCUGAAGCGACAUUUAAUGCAUUAGGAAUUUAGUGUGCAAUAUUCUUUCCGGUAGCAUUUAAAUGCAGGUUUAAAAAAAAACAAAGCUAUGCAUUGUCUACGGUUGCAGCGAUAUCUGUGUUGUUGAAAGCUUUAAUAUGAAAGUAUGGGGAGAGGGUUUAUUCCAUUUCUUCUUUAUAACUGUUUUCCCCUUCCAGUUCUGAAAGUAUAAAAUAACACAUUAAACCAACAAGAGAAAACUAAUUGAAUGUAUCCACACACGCCCUUUACAUCUCAGGUACAUUUUAUUUAGGUAUAGUACUUAAUCCUAGCCCCAACACCACCACAUCAAAAACUCUCAAAGGUUUGUUUGACUACAACAGGUUUCACUGUUGAAACUGGGGUGAGGACCUUGCUUUCUGCAGUGCCACACUGCCCACUGGUGCUUUGAAGCCCCAAUUUCAGGACUUCAAAGCACCACAUCCCCUGACGUCAUUUGUAAACUCAAGUGAUUGCCCACCUUUCAAAUUUGGCCUGUGAGCAAUAACAUCCUUGCUUGGAAGCAAAAGGGUAUUUUGGGGUAAAGCAUGACAAAAAGGUUGUGCAAGUCAGCCAUUUUAAACUCCAAAGCUUACAACAUUU